AUGGAAAAUUUAAUUGAAGAUGAGGAAAACAUUGUUCUAGAAGAACAAGAACAAGAAGAAAAUGUGGAAUGUGAGGGAGACGCAGAAAAAAAUGGGACAACUAAGAAAAGAACACGGGGACCAACUUGUUGUUUAAAAAUAUAUGCAAGAGAUGUAAAAGACCGUCAAGAAGUUACUCUAGAUGACUUUGGAGAGCCAAUUGGACCUGAUGACCAAACUGUUUCUGACUUAGGCUAUUUCCUCGGAACUAUAGCAAGGAAUGCAAAUUUUUGUCCAUUGAUCUAUACAAAUUUCAAAGAGUUGCUUAAAGAUGAAACAGAUCCUAAGCGUCAUAAUUAUCAUAUUUGGAAAUAUGUUAAUACGAAGUUCAACAUUCCUGAGAGAGGAAAAAAAGCAGUGUAUGCUCGAAUAAACGAUGCUUGGAGACGCCACAAAUACUCUAUCAAGAAAGAUCAUUUUCUAAAGUACUCUAAUAUGAAGGAUAGAUUAAAACACCAUCCAAAGAGCAUAUCUGAAGUUCAUUUCAAGAAAUUGUUAGUAUAUUGGAAAGAUACUCAUAUUCAAGAUAUUAGCCAAAAGAAUGCAGCUAAUAGGAGCAAGCAAAAGUUUAUGCAUCGUGUAGGACCGACAAAUUUUGCUAGAAUUCGUGCAAAAAUGCGGGAAAACAAGGAUGGACAAGAAGUCACUCAAGCUGAGAUGUUUAUUGAAACUCGAAAAAGUCGCAAGGGAAAACAAGUGGAUGAGGAAACCCAAUUUGUGAUUGAUAAACUUCAAAAAUCUAUUGAAACUUCAACUGAAGCUGGAACACAAACAUUUCAAUCACUGCUUGGAAAAGAAAAACCCGGUAGAGUGAGAUGUUAUGGAAGAACUGUUACACCAUCAUUGUUGAAAAAAAAUGAAGAAAUUUCUUUGAUAAAAAUGCAAUAUGAUGGUAAAAUUUCUGACAUGAAUCAAAAGAUGGGAGCAAUGGAGGCACUUUUGAAAAGCAUGUAUAUGCAACAAAAUCCACAUUUAAGUGAAGAGGAAGUAAACAAUAAGAUGAGAGAAGCCUUGCACAAUGAUAAUAUUCCAACACCGCGCUCAUCGACAUCAACCUACGCUCCUGCUCAUCAAAAGGUUAUAAAUGAAGAUGAUCCUCAAGAUGAACAAGAUGGCGUUCUCCAAGAUGACGACGAUCUUCAAGAUGAUGAUGAUCUUCAUUAUGAUCUUGAUGACGAUCUCCAAUAUGAUCAAGAUGAUGAUCUUCAAUAUGAUCAAGUUGACGGUUCUCAAAAUGAUGAUUCUCAUGAUUCUCAGUAUAAUGAAUAUAAUGAAGACCUCCACUGA